UGUAGCGGUCACUCGCGAUACGGAAAGAAAUAAGAAAACCCAGGUCCAUCUUUGGAAAACGUUGUCCCAGGUGGUUCGUCGAUACUCGUAUCAUUUGAAAUCGUACACCACGAAAUACCUGAUAUCUCUACUCGACGUCCCUGUCCUCCUCCGAUUUCCCUGAGGGAAUAUUCGCGCGAGUCAGCGAGUGCUACCACGCGUCGAGAACGAAACACACUCGUAUAAUACGGGCCAAGUAUCGAUUCAACGAUGGAGGACUGGUCUCGACAUUCCGCCCGAGCAAUUUCCAGCGAAGCGGAAUUUCGACCGGGUCAUUAUUGUUCUCGGUGGUCUAGAGACAAUUUCCAUCGGUUUACUCAAAUCUGGCUGGCCAACUCUCUAGAGUUCGACGGUCCUUCAGCUAAGUCAAGGAUUCGAAGAGUCGCGUAAUUGACACGCGAAAUUGUCUCACGUGUUUGGCCACCAGUUUAUUUACUCCGAAACUUUCGACCGUUCAUUGGAGUUCCCGGGUUUCCACGGCACGGAGAUGGAGACGAAGCGAGAGGGGGCUUCUCCCAAUCGGCAAACUCAAAAAGCAAAGCUUGCGAUAUCUUAAGUCUUAAUGGAUAUUUUGUCAAGAUAAUUACCGCGUGAACACGAAUGAAUUUCAUUAAAUCAUUUUUAACGAUUUUCCAUGGUGAUAUUAUAUUCGCGGAAAUGAUAUUCGUGGAGAGACAGCAGUGAGCGAGUAAGAGCAAAAGUAAAUGUUAUUUUAUCAACAAUUAAAAUUUUCUUUGAUAAUUUGAAAAUAUGUAUAUGUAUUAACGAAUCUAAAUCGAAUUGUAAUUAAGCCAUCGCGUUUCUGACUGAGCAUAUUUAAUGUAAAAUCCCUCUCCCUCAAUUAUUCGCUUUGUACAUAUUGUAUAUAUAUCUUUUCUCAUUUAACAUACUCAAUUUCAGAAUAUUCAAAGGAAGCAACGAACGAUACAUCAUUGGUUUCCUUAUUCGAUUGUGAAAACACAGGUGAGGGAAUUAUGUUUUAUUACGAGAAACAGAGGAACAAAAAUGCCAUCAAAUUGUAACUACCACUGUAAAAUACGAAGUUUUAACCCGUAAAGCCGGAUUACGAUACACGGUAAUUAUCCAUUUUAAUUGCGGACUACAUUCGCUGUUAUCCAAACGACUGCAAAAAUGGACGCGUCCAGAGCGUGCGCGCGUUCAUCUGACGUUUAAGCCCUCGAGAUUUUCUCUAAAGAUUAUAAGUAAUUACCUAAUUAUUCGCGUGAAGUUCGCGUCUUAAAUGUCAUGAGCCGGUAAGAGCAGCUUCUUUCAUCGGCGAGAACUGGAGAAAGGGGAACAUUUGUGAAGCUGCUUGAGCGCGUUUGCGUUUAAAGUUACAACCUUGAAGAAGUUAAAUUACAUAGCGCAGUCAGGACACAAUUACACAGUAUGUUUAAUGAAUCGUGCUACAACUGACAACGAGGUAAUUGUUCGUGACAAAGCAGCUACGGCAAUCUGAUAAAGCAAAAACUGACAAAGCAUUUUGUAUAAACUGUCUAGCUUUUGAGAAGGAUGAUCCAGACCAUCUAAUUGUUGCAAGCCAGCUAGAAUAUAAAUACGUUCAGCACGGUCCAUUUAUGGUGCAGUCCGUUUUUAAAAACAGGCAUUAAUUUUUUAAGAACGACAGAUCGUGGCAGAGUGAUUUGCGAAUAUAAUUUUCGAGUUGCACCCGCUCUAAAUACUAGAACGAUCCUCAGUUAUCCAGUCUUUUAUGUAGGAGACAUUACAGACACUACGAAAUAUCACACUAUAACUGGUUAGUCAUGUAAGAAGAAUUUAUACUGCGUCAUUUCAUGGUAUAUUUAUUUUUCCUGUUAGUCACUUCAAAUUUAUCUUAGUUAAUCGUAUUGUUUAUUUAAUACCUUCCCUCUACCAAGCUACACGAUGUAAUUAGCCAAAGUCGAAAAACAUGUCUGCAUAUUAUUUAUUUUUUUCUUUACUCAAAAUAUUCGUCUUUUAUUUUUCCAUAAUACAGGUAAUACAAAUUGUGAAAAACUUACAUAACCCACCAAGAAAAAACAAAUUGAAAGGAGCUUGCAUAACCCGCCAAAAAAAGCAAAACACUCAUGCCCUCUAUAUUAAAAAAUACAUUCAAGUAGAGAACGUGAUCGAGAAAUGGUCCUAUGAAAAAGCGUAGUUACUACUAGUUAUCUAUAGAAGACAAAGAUAAAUACACAACGGACCGAGAAGGCCAAUGAAAGCUGGUAGUAUCACCGUGACUGUCUAUUCGUAAACACGAUCGCGUGUGUGGUCUGACUAUAUAAAAACGCCAGAGAUUAAGUAUACCGGUCUAGCUAUAUCGACACUUUGCAGGUGAAACAAACCAGGUGGAGCUAUAGGAUCUUAUAGUUCGAUCUGUAAAUCCUCAUCAGGUCUAUCGCGUCAUCAAUGAAAGUAAACGUUUUAUUUCGAUCAGUUUUUGUCCGGUUUUGCUUUCUUUUCUCUUAGUGUAAACGUGAAGCGUGAGUCGGCUCACCGAGCUAAUUGCGCACGUGUGAGUUUGUGUACGAUUGUGUGUGAACCCCUGCAUAGCGUAGAGCGCGCGUGGAACUUGUCCCUCGUCGCAGAGUGCCAACAUGACGAUAGAGCAUGAAAACGACACGAAGGUGAGGUUAAGGAGGACGAAAAGCGUGACACGAGCCGAGGAGAUCCAAAAAGCGGAAAUGUUGGCACGUAAAUCACAGCCUGACAAACCAUGUCAUCGUCCCAGAGACAGUCUGUUCUCCUGGAGCUCGGGCUUCGGCAACUUCACGGGAUUCGUCAACUGGGGCUUCCUGUUGUUGGGCAUCGGCGGAAUCCGAUUGCUCCUCGAAAAUUUCAUAAAGUAUGGGCUCAGAGUGGAUCCGUGGGAAUGGUUCCUGUUCUUCAGCGGCAAAUACGAAGGUGGCGAAGAGCAUCCGUCGAUUCUACUCAUCAUUUAUUCUACGGUACCCAUAGGCCUCUGCUUGUUGAUCGAAAAGGGCCUGUCAGUGGAUAUCAUAGCUCACGGGCCAGGAAUGGUGUUCCACGUCGUAAACCUCAUCGUGAUGGUACUGGUGCCGAUGGUGGUCAUCCACGUGAAGGAUUCCGGAUUCAGCCUGUUCGGUGCCAUGUAUGUAUGUAUGCUGUACGCCAUCCUGUUCCUGAAGCUAUGGUCGUACGUGCAAGUGAACAUGUGGUGUCGUCUAAGCGGCCGAAGAAAGGCAAAGAGCCAGGGCAGAAUGCGACGGAAAUCUUUGUCGUGCGAUAAUCUACAGUCUUCCAUCGCGAAGCAAAACGGCGACCUGGCCGACGACUCGAAGCACAAAGUAGACGGCAUGGUCUUGGUGCAAUAUCCGGACAACUUGAAUCUCCGUGAUCUUUACUACUACAUCCUGGCGCCUACCCUCUGCUACGAACUGAAUUUCCCCAGAACACAAAGGAUUCGGAAAAGAUUUCUAAUUAAACGAAUCUUGGAGGUGGUGGUCGGCUUGCAAGUAGUCAUGUCGCUGUUCCAGCAAUGGAUGAUCCCGUGUGUGAAGAAUUCGCUAGUCCCUUUCAGCAAUAUGGACGUGGCGAAGGCUUCCGAGCGUUUGCUGAAACUGGCCAUACCGAACCAUCUGGUCUGGCUGUGCUUCUUCUACUUGAUGUUCCAUUCGCUCCUCAAUCUGAUGGGUGAACUGUUACAUUUUGCUGAUCGAAAUUUCUACUGCGACUGGUGGAACGCGGAUAACAUCGACACCUUCUGGAGGACAUGGAAUAUGCCUGUACAUCGGUGGGCCGUGCGGCACUUGUACAUUCCCAUCAUCGAGAUCGGCUAUGGGAAAACGACCGCGUCCGUCAUCGUGUUCUUCAUCAGCGCCUUCUUCCACGAGUACCUCGUCAGCGUGCCGUUGAAGACGUUCAAAACGUGGGCGUUCUUGGGAAUGAUGGGACAGAUACCAUUAUCACUGAUAAGUAAGAAGGUGCAGAAGCAUUGCGGCGCCAGAUGGGGCAAUAUCACAGUGUGGGCGAGUCUCAUUAUCGGACAACCACUUUGCAUAAUGAUGUAUUACCACGAUUACGUGAUAACUCACUUCGGUGAGAACCUGAUCGAGGAUUACUCCACGGUAUAGGAAACAAGGAAUCGAACGUGAAGCGAAGAUUACAGAGAGGUCGGCAAGAAGAAUUUCAGUCGGUGAAUGAGGCAAACUCGCCACUGUUCCAUCAAUCGUACUUUUCCUCUUGUUUUUCACACCUCGCAGACUUUACCUUCGAUCCGUGUAUAAGCUAUUUUUCAAACGAUUCCUCGACGUUAACGGGAGUCUAAGUUUUUUAUUAUCUCGAUCGCGAAAAAGGAACGGUGACACUUCAUAAACGAAAUUUUAAAUCACAAGCAAAUGCCUUAAGUAUUAUGCUUCGAUUCAAGGAGUUUAGAAAUUCAUGCGCCUAGUUUAUAUCGUUUUUAACAUUUGUGAGUGUAAGCCGGUAUCCAAUAGGAAUUAUAUCUCGAUGUUUUUCUAGCAUUGCAGUUAUCUUUUUAAGGUGGAUCGAGUGGGACAGUAUGAAUAUAUUAUAAUUCCUAGUGGAUUGAUACGUUAAUACAUCGAUGUUUAACUCUGCAUCAUGAGAAAGUAGCCCGAUUCAAGUUCGAGAAUUUUACAUGAACACACGAUAUGACGCAGUUAUUAUAUAAUUAUUAUUAUAAGAUAGGACAAAACGUCGUACGAUGUAUUAUAUUCUACUUCUUUUCUCAUUGACGUGUGGUGGUGGUAAUGUUCGUGGAAUUGUUGCUGUAAGACUGUUGUUUACUUUGUUACAAGCGUUUUAUAGAUUACUGCAUCUCAUGUGCAUCUCGUCUUCGUUGAUGCUCGAUCAAUCGCCUUUUCAUAAAGAUUACGAUAUUAUAAAGCGAUGAAAUUAUAAAAUUGAAAAGACCAAAUACUGUUUGUCGCGUAUCUACGCGACUGGCAUUUUAAUCGAUGGCGUGUGCCGUGCAAAAUGUAUAUUUUAUCUUUUGAAACGAUUUUAUAUUUGAUCGCGCCCGUGCCUCAUAAAUCCUCGAGCAUCCUUUACUUCACGAACGGCGAAACUCGCACGAACGGUGAUAUUAUGCGUGCAUUAAGACAAUAAUUCAGCAUAUUUUUUCUAUUUGACGAUGUUUUAUUGCUUGGAAGGGAGGUAAGAGCGCAUCGAGGGAAUAUUAGCCGUAAUAAAUUUAUCCCGGGUGCAGUUUGCUGUUGCGUAUUCGGUAAAUAUUUCAGGCCAACCGUUGCGUAUCACGAAGGAGCAGCUGCCGAGGAUUUAACGAGGCAACUUGGUGCCAGUUGUAUACGAACAUACGAUUUUGUAGAUUUCGUCCUGCGCUCCCGCUCGCGUGCUGUACGAACGCGACUGGUUGUCGAAUAAACGAGAUCUUUGUUA